UAAUAUGGCGGACUAAAACUACACUUUUUACCAGAUUUUGAACGCUUUGAAAUUGCCUUCUUCUAAAAAAUGAGCUUUGAUAUUGCGAGUGGACUUUACGAGAAUAAACCUAGAAAGAAGAAGGCUCAACGCCUUUCUAUUUACGACAGACAGCGCGAAGAGGAGACGAUAAGAAAUGCGGCAAAUCGUGGUUACUUACGGCGAAUGACAGUUGAAUUUUUGAACGACACUGCAGGCUUAGAUGACCGCGACUUGCCAACUUUAGGCUAUUUAAAUGUGUCCUCGCAACAGCUCAGUUCCCUGGGGGCCCUAGAGAUGUGUAUCAGUUUAAGAAUAUGUAUAUUACCUGGCAACUAUAUAACAGAGUUUGAUGCAUUGGCGGGGUGUUCAAACUUAUGGGCCUUGGAUCUGCACGGAAAUCAGAUAAAAAGAGUCCCUGGAUGUGAUUUCUGGAGUGCUUUGAGCCAACUUCAGAUUGUUUUUCUUCAUGAUAAUGGGAUUGCUAAACUUGAGACCAUUCGUAUUCUGAGUUCCUCUUCCUCUUUGCUGAUUCUCACAUUAUAUGACACUCCACUGAGUUUAAAGAAAAACUAUCGUCAUCAUGUGGUCAAUGGUAUAUGGUCCUUGAAAGCACUGGAUUCUCAUGUUAUAUCAGAUGAAGAGAUCAUCGAGGACUCAACAAUGCCUGAUAAAUUUUCUGCAUUACAUAAAAAUUUUAAAGUAGACCUCACACACACUUUAAAAAAGGAGUCUUCAUUGCAAACAGCUGUCAGACAAAUGGAAGAGCUUAGAGCUAAAGUAAACAAAAUUCAAAGUAAACAUUCUCCAGUUUUGUUAAUCCAAAAAACUUUUAGAAUGUUUGCCAUUCGAAAAAGAUAUAAAUAUCUUAUGGCCACAAGAGUUUGGGCUGCAACAUCAAUCCAGAGAUUCUAUCGCUUUCAUAAAGGUAUUCAAAGAACUGGGGAAGACGUCUUUCCACCUCCAACUUCGCCGUUCAUUCCCCCCGUUUCCGACAUAUAUGCAGACUACACUAACAGACAAUCUGAAGACGGUUCCUGGGGGUUAAGUCAACACGAUAGUAGUGGUUCAUCUAAGAAGACCCAACGCAGUCGAAUGAAAGUGGAGAAUCUCAGUGUACAAGAAGGAGAAUCUUCAAGCACUCUCAGAAAUAGCAAAAUAUCCACAGAAAGUGCUGAGCGGAGUAAAGUCUCUAUAACUUCGUACGAUCUUAGUACUGUGAACCUUUUGGAGGGUGUUAAUUCUACCCCAAGAUCUUCAUUCACUCGUGAGCAAAGCUAUCAUGGUUCAAUUGGGCAAAGAAGCUCUUUAGAAGCUCCCCAGAAGAAGGUCACAAGACGUAUGACGAUUGAUUUGCACAAACUUGAAUCAUCAGCGAUCGGAACAAUUGAGAGCGCAACAUGUGAGCUCACAGUUGAUAGUUCUCUCGGCCUUGGACUAGACAAAAAGUCGAAGUCGGCCAAAGAAACGAAAAGCAAAACGACUGUAAAUGUUUCCAACGACGGAGAAAUCAUUUUGAUCGAGCAGCGACAAAGAGGUGAGAAGGAAGAAUCUGAUGCACUUCAUAAGCGUCGUUUGAAGCCGGAAAUGGUCGGAAAAUAUCGCACUGUCCGUGUAUUCCUUGGAGACAUGGUGGAGUCAAAAGGGAAGAACGAAGUUGUUACAGAAUUCCACGAAGAUGGAACGUCAGGUUUCCGUCUACAAGGUGAAGUGCCACCAAAACAGAGAAACGAACCUGUUGCUGAAAUGUUAUUGUCGAAAAGGGAGAUGGGCGAAGACGUACGAAGGUCGCUUCGGCAAUUCCGUCGGAAACCGACGGAAAAACGGAAGAAGCCUGACGAGAGUAUAAAACUGAAUAAUGAUCAGAAAUUGUUCUUACGUACACACGGUACUAUGGGACUGGCGUGUCUUCGAGCCGUCCAUCAGGCGUACAUGGACCGAGCUCGAGCACAGAAACUAGCUAAGUUGAACUCGCGUGUUAAUGAAAUGAAAGAAAGGCGUGAAUUGGGAGUUGAGAGACUUCAGACUUUGAAACAAGAAUACCAGGAGACCGUUAUGAGAGAGCGCAUACGCGAUGGGGUGAAAGUUGCCGAUACCUUGCGUGAGAACGAAGCAAGACAAAACGAAGAGCGUCGGAAAGUUUCGGAACAACGACAAGUGGCGAUGGUUGAAGAUCGCAUACGGCAAUCUCAUUUAGCUUUUGCGCGCGAAUUUGCCUGCCAGCAGAACUCAGUUUCCCAGGCUUUGCGAAAUCAUGAUCACGCUGAGGCGAAAAAAGAACAGGCGAAAAAAAAGACGGACAUCGUGCGAUCUGAACGGCAGAAUAAUUCAGAGAAACGGGCGUUAGUUAAAAGAUAUAUGGAACAUCGCAGGUUAAUGAAUCAAGUUGAGAUGGAGAAGACCAAGGAAGACAUCAACAUUAGAUUACUGGAGAAUGCAGAGAAACAUUUCAUGGAGGUUACAGCAAACAUGCAGCAAUACAAAGCAAAACAGUCUAAAGGGAAUGAAUUUUACCCUUUACCACCUUUAAAUGCACCUAAUCGUGACACUCCCUUGGCGGUUCUGACUCCUGCCAUGGUUAGCCAAUGGGAGGAAUGUUUACAGCGAGAUAGCAAUCAAUUAGACGAUGAAUUUUCUAUCAGUAAUUCUGUUAACAUUUUGAAAUGUGAUUAAAACAGGAAUGCAGAAAUGGUAAAUUGGUAAUGAUAAUAAAAUAAAAUAAUUUUUGCAUACCCAAUGAGUUGAGUUUUACUAAUGAAAACAAUG